CUGUGCCACCAGGGAAGUCCCUAUAUAUUCAUUUUAAAUUAAUUUCUGUAGGUGGACAUAAGGUAGAGAUAGAUUUUUUUUUCCCAUGUGGAUCUUCAUUUGACCCAGGACCAUUUAUCACAAAGACAAUUCAUUCUCCUCUUAACUGCAGUGGUACCUUUUUCAUUAAUCAGGUGACCACAUAUGUGUAGGUCUGUUUCUGGACCCUAUUCUGUUCUCUCUAUCCUUGCACCUUUGUAAUGUUUUGAUAUUUGAUAUUCAGUAAUGUAAGUCCUGAGGAAGAGGGGUUUUUUUGUUUUUUGUUUUAAACAGGAGCUUUUUGAGCUCAUAUGGGAAGCUGACGGGAAGGAUCUAGUUGAGAGUAAGGGGCUGAAUAAAAGAGAGAGAGGAUAAUCUACACCUUAAGGUUUCUGAAAGACAAUAGAAGCUGGGACCCAGGUGCUUGUGGAAGGAUUAGUCUUUUAUAUUCAUCCACUGAUCCAUUCAACAAAAAUGUGUUGAAUAGCUCCCACGUGCCAGGCACAGGCGUACAGCAGUGCCAGGACAGAUGAGGUCCCUGUUCUUAAGGAGUUCCCAUCCUAGCAGUGGGAGAAAGAUAAACAAGUAGCCACACAAACAGUUGAUUCAGGCAGCAGUAGAUGCCUUAAGAACAUAAGCAGAGGACCCUGUGCUGGGGAGUGAUGAAAGACUGCUCCAACGGGGCAUCAAGGAAGACCUCUAGGGCUCAAUGACAUGUGAGUUAAGAUCUGAACAACAAGGAGACAGCCUCCGAGAGCUCAGUGAAGAACGUCCCAGACAGAGGAGACAUAGAGUGCAAAGGCCCUUUAGUCUAAUGUAAUCUUGUAGUGUCUGUGGAACAAGCAAAACAGACCAGUGUGGGUGGAGGGGGUGGAGCAGGGUGACCAAAUGGUAUCAGAAAACGAGGUAGAGACAGAUCUGCCCAAGGAGGGUAUCCGUUAAGGUUGGGCUGAACGUGGAUUUUCCAACAUGUGAGUUGGGUAGAUUAGUCGUGGGUGGUGGGACUAUGGGUGUGUGUGUUGGGGAAGGAGGGCAUUCAUCUUGUCUCCUUCUCUGCGAAGCUGCUCUCAUAUGUGCCUUCUCUCCCUGCAGCCUCCUGAAUGAUGCCAGCCCAAGGUUCCCUAACCUCCAGCCUGGCCCUCCUGGUGCUGCUGGGCACAGUCAGAGCAGGGCCUUUCUCUUCACGGUCCAAUGUGACACUCCCAGCCCCACGGCCUCCUCCCCAGCCAGGAGGCCGCACAGAACAGCAAGGAGGGGCAGGCCCUUCUUCUCAGCUUUAUGAGCACACCGUGGAAGGAGGGGAGAAGCAGGUGGUGUUCACCCACCGCAUUAACCUGCCCAAUUCAGGUAGCUGUGGCUGUCCCCCAGGCACUGAGCCCCCCGUCCCUGCUUCAGAGGUGCAGGCCCUGAGGGUCCGGCUGGAGAUCCUGGAGGAGCUGGUGAAGGGGCUCAAGGAACAGUGCACUGGGGGAUGUUGUCCUGCUGCUGCCCAGGCUGGCACAGGCCAGACGGACGUGCGGAGCCUCUGCAGUCUCCAUGGCGUGUUUGACCUGAGCCGCUGUGCCUGCUCCUGCGAGCCAGGCUGGGGUGGGCCCACCUGCUCAGACCCCACAGAUGCCGCGGCGCCCCCCUCCUCUCCCCCCUCAGCUUCCCGGUCCUGCCCAGAUGACUGCAAUGAUCAGGGUCGCUGCGUCCGUGGUCGCUGCGUGUGCUUCCCUGGCUACACCGGCCCCAGCUGUAGCUGGCCCUCCUGCCCGGGGGACUGCCACGGCCGCGGGCGCUGCGUGCAGGGCGUGUGCGUGUGCCGCGCGGGCUUCUCCGGGGCCGACUGCAGCCUGCGCUCCUGCCCUCGGGGCUGCAGCCAGAGGGGACGCUGCGAGAACGGGCGCUGCGUGUGCAACCCGGGCUACACUGGCGAGGACUGUGGGGUGAGGAGCUGCCCCCGAGGUUGCAGCCAGAAGGGGCGCUGCGAGGACGGGCGCUGCGUCUGUGACCCUGGCUACGCUGGCGAGGACUGCGGCUCUCGGAGCUGCCCGUGGGACUGUGGUGAGGGCGGGCGCUGUGUGGACGGCCGCUGCGUGUGCUGGCCCGGGUACGCGGGCGAGGACUGCAGCACGCGGACCUGCCCCCGCGACUGUCGGGGCCGAGGGCGCUGCGAGGAGGGCGAAUGCAUCUGCGACCCAGGCUACAGCGGGGACGAUUGCGGAGUGCGCAGCUGCCCGGGCGACUGCAACCAAAGGGGCCGCUGCGAGGACGGCCGCUGCGUGUGCUGGCCUGGGUACUCGGGGCCCGACUGCGGCGCCCGCGCUUGCCCGCGCGACUGUCGUGGCCACGGGCGCUGCGAGAACGGCGUGUGCGUGUGCAACGCGGGCUACAGCGGCGAGGACUGCGGCGUGCGCAGCUGUCCCGGGGACUGUCGCGGCCGGGGUCGUUGCGAGAGCGGCCGCUGCGUGUGUUGGCCCGGGUACACAGGCCGGGACUGCGGCACGCGCGCCUGCCCCGGCGACUGUCGCGGGCGCUGCGUGGACGGCCGCUGCGUGUGUAACCCGGGCUUCACAGGCGAGGACUGCGGGAGCCGACGGUGUCCCGGGGACUGCCGUGGUCGCGGCCGCUGCGAGGAUGGCGUGUGCUUGUGCGACGUGGGCUACGAGGGCGAAGACUGCGGCGUGCGCAGCUGCCCCAGGGGUUGCCAAGGUCGCGGCCAGUGUCUGGAGGGGCGAUGCGUGUGCGACGACGGCUACGAGGGUGAAGACUGCGGCGUGAGACGGUGCACGCGCGACUGCAGCCAGCGCGGCGUGUGCCAGGAUGGUGUGUGCGCCUGUUGGGAGGGCUACACGGGCGAGGACUGCAGCCUCCGUACCUGCCCCUCCAACUGUCACCGGCGCGGCCGCUGUGAGGACGGGCGCUGCGUGUGCGACUCUGGCUACACCGGCCCCUACUGCGCCACCCGAACCUGCCCGGCGGACUGCCGGGGCCGUGGACGUUGUGUGCAGGGCGUGUGCGUGUGCCACGCGGGCUAUAGCGGCGAGGACUGCGGGCAGGAAGGGCCUCCCGCCAGCGCCUGCCUUGGGGGCUGCGGGCCUCGGGAACUGUGCCGCGCAGGCCAGUGUGUAUGCGUCGAGGGCUUCCGAGGCCCCGACUGCGCCAUCCAGACGUGCCCCGGGGACUGCCGCGGUCGGGGAGAGUGUCGUGAGGGCAGCUGCGUCUGCCAAGAUGGCUAUGCAGGGGAGGACUGCGGGGAAGAGGUGCCAGCCGUUGAGGGCCUGAGGAUGCACCUCCUGGAGGAGACGAUGGUUCGGACAGAGUGGACCCGGGCUCCUGGCAAUGUGGAUGCCUACGAAAUUCAGUUCAUCCCCACGACAGAGGGGCCGAGCCCCCCAUUCACAGCACGGGUGCCCAGCUCUGCCUCAGCCUAUGACCAGAGAGGACUGGCCCCCGGUCAGGAGUACCAGGUCACUGUCCGUGCCCUUCGAGGGACUAGCUGGGGCCCUCCUGCCUCCAAGACCAUCACCACCAUGAUCGAUGGCCCCCAGGACCUCCGAGUGGUGGCUGUGACGCCAACCACGCUGGAGCUCAACUGGCUGCGCCCCCAGGCCGAGGUGGACCAGUUCGUGGUGUCCUACGUCAGUGCCGGCAACCAGAGGGUGCGGCUAGAAGUGCCCUCUGAGGCAGACGGGACGCUGCUGACCGGCCUCAUGCCAGGCGUAGAAUACGUGGUGACCGUCACUGCCGAGCGGGGCCGGGCAGUAAGCUACCCGGCUUCUGUCAGGGCCAACACAGCACCAGGCCACUUCAGUCACCCGGAGGCGCACGCCCCAGCCCCGUCCCCCAGGCCCCGGCCCCGGCCGGUCCCGGCCCCGCGGCCCCCGCGCCCACCAGUCCCCCCUCGGCCCUCGCGGCCGGCGGAGGAGGGGGAGGCGGAGUCUCGGCCCGGGCCGAACCUACCCCAGCCCCCUCGGCGGGCGUGGGGCAACCUGACGGACGAGCUGGGCCGCUUCCGCGGCACCGCGCAGGACCUGGAGCGCCACCUGCGGGCUCACGGCUACCCACUGCGGGCCAACCAGACCUACACGUCGGUGGCGCGCCACAUCCACGAAUACCUGCAGCGGCGUCGCCUGGCGGCGGCCAUCCCCACCAGCUCCCCCGCACCCCCGGCCCGUCGCUCCCACCCCGCCUCCAGCCCCGACUCGGGCACCUGGAAGCGGGACUCCAACCAGGGCACCUACGGCCUCUCGCCCGAAGGCGUCGACCGGGUGGCUGCUCCCCGCCACCCCAAGCCCGAGGUGCUGGGCAGUUCCGCCGACGGCGCACUACUCGUGUCCCUCGAUGGGCUCCGCGGCUACUUCGAGCGCGUGGUGCUGCGCUGGCGGCCCCAGCCGCCCGCAGAGGGCCCCGGCGGGGAGCUGACCGUGCCGGGCACCACGCGCACCGUCAGUCUGCCAGAUCUCAAGCCCGGUACCACCUACCACGUGGAGGUCCACGGGGUGCGGGCAGGGCAGACCUCCAAGUCCUACGCCUUCAUCACAACCACAGGGUCCUCCCCCUCAGACCUCCUGGGGGCCACUGAUGAGCCUCCUCCCUCAGGCCCUUCAACGACUCAAGGGGCUCAGGCCCCUGUCCUGCAGCAGCGACCCCAGGAGCUGGCAGAGUUGAGGGUGCUGGGCAGAGACAAGACAGGGCACCUCCGCGUGGCCUGGACUGCCCAGCCUGACACCUUUGCCCACUUCCAGCUGCGCCUACGGGUGCCUGAAGGGCCUAGGGCACAUGAGGAACUACUGCCAGGGGAUGCCCGUCAGGCUCUGCUGCCCUCACCCCCUCCUGGAUCCCCCUAUGAGCUGUCACUUCGUGGGGUGCCCUCUGGGGGCGAGCCCUCUGCUCCUCUCAUCUACCAAGGCAUUAUGGACAGGGAUGGGGAGAAGCCUGGGCAGCCCUUGGCCCCGCCACACCUGGGCAAGCUGAUGGUGACGGACAUGACUUCCAACUCCCUGCUUCUGCACUGGACGGUCCCUGAGGGCGAGUUUGACUCCUUCGUGAUCCAAUACAAAGACAGGGACAGGCCCCAGGUGGUGCCUGUAGAGGGACCCCAGCGCUCAGCCCUCAUCUCCAACCUGGACAUCGGCCGCAAGUACAAAUUCGUCCUGUACGGGCUCGUGGGCAAGAAGAGGCAUGGCCCCCUGGUGGCUGAAGCCAAGAUCUUGCCUCAGACGGAUUCCAGCUCAGUGAGUCCACCUCGCCUGGGAAAGCUGUGGGUGACAGAUCCCACCCCAGAUUCGCUGCACCUCUCCUGGACUGUCCCUGAGGGCCAGUUUGACUCCUUCGUGGUCCAGUACAGGGACAGGGACGGACGGCCCCAGGUGGUGCCCGUGGAAGCCCCCGAGCGCUCGGUCAUUGUCUCCCCGCUGGACCCUGACCACAAGUACAGAUUCACUCUGUUUGGGAUUGUCGACAAGAAGCGGCACGGCCCCCUCACGGCCGAUGGUACCACUGCCCCAGAGAAGAGAGAGGAGCCCCGCCACCCAGAGUCCCCUGAGCAGCCCCUGCUGGGGGAGCUGACAGUGACUGGCAGCGCCCCAGACUCCCUGCGCCUGUCCUGGACGGUGGCCCAGGGCGCUUUUGACUCCUUCAUGGUCCAGUACAAGGAUGCGCAGGGGCGGGCCCAGGCAGUGCCCAUCAGGGGGCAUGAGAAUGAGGUCACCAUCCCCGGCCUGGAGUCUGACCGGAAGUAUAAGAUGAACCUCUACGGGCUUCAUGGCAGGCAGCGCGUGGGGCCUGUGUCCGUGGUGGCCACCACAGCCCCGCAGGAAGGCAUGGACGAGACCCUCAGCCCCACAGAACCCAGCACAGAGGCACCAGAGCCCCCCGAGGAGCCCCUCCUGGGGGAGCUGACGGUGAUAGGAUCCUCCCCGGACUCGCUGAGCCUCUCCUGGACCGUCCCCCAGGGCCACUUCAACUCUUUCACCGUCCAGUACAGAGACAGGGAUGGGCAGCCCAAGGUGAUGAGGGUGCCUGGGCACCAGGACGGGGUCACCAUCUCGGGCCUGGAGCCAGACCACAAGUACAAGAUGAACCUGUACGGCUUCCAUGACAGCCAGCGUGUGGGCCCCGUCUCUGUCAUCGGGGUGACAACUGCAGAGGAAGACACCCCCAGCCCCACAGAACCCAGCACAGAGGCCUCGGAGGCCCCCGAGGAGCCCCUCCUGGGGGAGCUGACGGUGACAGGAUCCUCCCCGGACUCGCUGAGCCUCUCCUGGACCGUCCCCCAGGGCCACUUUGACUCCUUCACCAUCCAGUACAAGGGCAGGGACGGGCCCCAGGUGGUGCGUGUCGGGGGCGAGGAGAGUGAGGUGACCGCUGGGGGCCUGGAGCCCGGGCGCAAGUACAAGAUGCACCUGUACGGCCUGCACGGGGGGCGGCGUGUGGGCCCCGUGUCCACCGUGGGCGUGACCGCUCCACAACCAGAAGAGACUCCCGCAGCCACCGAGCCCCCCCGGGAGCCACGCCUCGGGGAGCUGACAGUGACAGAUGUGACCCCCAGCUCCGUGGGCCUUGCAUGGACAGUCCCUGAGGGCCAGUUUGACUCCUUCGUGGUCCAGUACAAGGACAGGGACGGGCAGCCCCAGGCGGUGCCUGUGGCCGCAGACCAGCGAGAGGCCACUGUCCCCGGCCUGGAGCCUGCACGCAAAUACAAGAUGAACUUGUACGGGCUACAUGGUGGGCAGCGCAUGGGCCCCCUCUCUGUGGUAGCCAUGACUGCUCCGCUCUCUCCAGCCCCGGGCACAGAGCGCCCCCUUGAGCCACGUCUGCGGGAGCUGACAGUGACGGAUGUGACCCCGGACUCCGUGGGCCUCUCCUGGACAGUCCCCGAGGGUGAAUUCGACUCCUUCGUGGUCCAGUACAAGGACAGGGACAGGCAGCCCCAGGCGGUGCCUGUGGCUGCAGACCAGCGUGAGGUCACCAUCGCCGGCCUGGAGCCCAACAGGAAGUACAAGUUCCUGCUCUUUGGGAUCCAGGACGGGAAACACCACAGCCCAGUCUCUGUGGAGGCAAAGACAGUUGCUCGAGGUGACACCAGCCCAGGAGCCCCACCCCGCCUCGGGGAGCUGUGGGUGACAGACCCCACCCCAGACUCACUGCGCCUCUCCUGGACAGUCCCCGAGGGCCACUUUGACUCCUUUGUGGUCCAGUUCAAGGACAGGGACGGGCCCCGGGUGGUGCCUGCAGAGGGCCACGAGCGCUCAGUCACCAUCGGCCCUCUGGACGCCAGCCGCAAGUACAGAUUCCUCCUCUACGGCCUCCUGGGCAAGAGGCGCCGUGGCCCCCUCACCGCCGAGGGCACCACAGAGACCCGGAGAGCUGUGGACGAGGCUGGAACAAAACCACGUCUGGGGGAGGAGCUGCAGGUGACCAGCGUGACAUCAGACUCCGUGGGCCUCUCGUGGACGGUCCCUGAGGGCCAGUUUGACUCCUUUGUGGUCCAGUAUAAGGACAGAGAUGGGCAACCCCAGGUGGUGCCCGUGGAGGGCAGCCUCAGGGAGGUCAGUGUCUCAGGCCUGGACCCUGCCCGCAGGUACAAGCUGCUGCUCUACGGGCUAUACAAGGGCAAGCGUGUGGGUCCCAUCUCCACCGUCGCCGUGACCGCCCCCAGGGAAGAAGUCGAAGCUGAGACUGAGGCCCCCAGCCCUCCAGCAUCUGAGCCCCGUCUGGGGGAGGUGACUGUGGAGGAGGGCACCCCACACACCCUGCAUCUCUCCUGGACCGUGACUGAGGGAGAAUUUGACUCCUUUGAGGUCCAGUACACAGACGAGGAGGGGAAACUCCAAGUACUCCAUUUAGGGGGCAACCAGAAUGACAUCACCCUCUCUGGCCUGGAAUCCGACCACAGAUACCUGGUGAGCCUGUACGGUCUCCACGAUGGGCAGCGUGUGGGUCCUGUGCACGUCGAGGCCCUGACAGCCCCAAAUGAGGAAGAGAAUGAACCUUCAGAAUCUCCCUCUACCACCCCUGAGCCUCACGUCACGCCUCGCCUGGGGAAGCUGGCAGUGACAGACGCCACCCCCGAAUCCCUGAGCCUCUCCUGGACCAUUCCUGAGGGCCAGUUUGACCACUUCCUGAUCCAGUACAAGAACGGGGACGGACAGCCCAAGGCUGUGAGGGUGCCAGGGUACGAGGACGAGGUUACCAUCUCGGGCCUGGAGCCAGACCACAAGUACAAGAUGAACCUGUACGGCUUCCAUGACAGCCAGCGCAUGGGCCCUGUCUCUGUCAUCGGGGUGACAACUGCAGAGGAAGACACCCCCAGCCCCACAGAACCCAGCACAGAGGCCUCGGAGGCCCCCGAGGAGCCCCUCCUGGGGGAGCUGACGGUGACAGGAUCCUCCCCGGACUCGCUGAGCCUCUCCUGGACCGUCCCCCAGGGCCACUUCGACUCCUUCACCAUCCAGUACAAGGGCAGGGACGGGCCCCAGGUGGUGCGUGUCGGGGGCGAGGAGAGUGAGGUGACCGCUGGGGGCCUGGAGCCCGGGCGCAAGUACAAGAUGCACCUGUAUGGCCUGCACGGGGGGCGGCGUGUGGGCCCCGUGUCCACCGUGGGCGUGACCGCCUCCCUGAACACAGAGCCCCCCGUGGCACCCCGCUUGGGGGAGCUGGCUGUGGCAGCCGUGACCUCAGACACAGUGCACCUGUCCUGGACAGUGGACCAGGGCCCCUUCGACUCCUUCCUGGUCCGAUACAAGGAUGUGCAGGGGCAGCCCCAGGCAGUGCCCGUGGGUGGCCACCUCCGAGAGGUCUCGGUUUCGGGUCUGGCCCCGGGCCACAAGUACAAGUUCCUACUCUUCGGACUCCAGGAUGAGAAACAACACGGUCCCGUCUCUGCAGACGCAAAGACCCUCCCAGACACUAAACCUUCUCUCCGCCUGGGGGAGCUGACAGUGACGGAGGUGACCCCAGACUCCAUGGGCCUCUCCUGGACGGUCCCCGAGGGCGAAUUUGACUCCUUCGUGCUUCAGUACAAGGACAGGGACGGGCAGCCCCACGUGGUGCCUGUGGCCUCAGACCAGCGCGAGAUCACCAUCCCCGGCCUGGAGCCCAAUAGCAAAUACAAGUUUCUGCUCUAUGGGCUGGGAGGCAGGAAACGACUGGGCCCCAUCUCUGCUGAAGGCAGCACGGCUCCCCUGAAGAAGGAGCGGCAGCGCCCACCCCGCCUGGGGGAGCUGACAGUGACAGAUGAGACCUCGGAUUCUCUGCGCCUCUUGUGGACAGUGGCCCAGGGCCCCUUUGACUCCUUUGUGGUCCAGUACAGGGACACAGAUGGGCAGCCCUCGGUGGUGCCUGUGGCCGCAGACCAGAGGGAGGUCACCAUAGAGGGCCUGGAGCCUGGCAGGAAAUACAAGUUUCUGCUCUAUGGGCUCCUCAGAGGACAGCACCUGGGCCCCGUCUCUGUCCUGGGAAUGACAGCCCCAGAAGAGGACAUGCCAGCACCCUCGCACCUGGCCACGGAGGCCCCCGAGCCCUCUGAAGGGCCCCGCCUAGGGGCACUGGCAGUGAAGGACGUGUCCCCGGACUCCCUGCGCCUCUCAUGGAGCGUGGCCCAGGGCCCCUUUGACUCCUUCGUGGUCCAGUAUCAGAGCACAGGUGGGGAGCCCCAGGCCUUGCUCGUGGGUGGCGACCAGAACAAGGUCCUCGUGUCAGGCCUGGAGCCCAGCACCUCCUACAAGUUCUUCCUCUACGGCUUGCGUGAAGGGAAGCGCCUGGGGCCCGUCUCAGCCGAGGGCACCACAGGGCCAGCUCCUGCUGGGCAGACCCCCGGAGAGCCAGGGCCCCGCCUGUCCCACCUGUCGGUGACUGAUGUCACCACCAAUUCACUGCGGCUCAGCUGGGAGGCCCCACCCAAGGCCUUUGACUCCUUCCUGCUCCGCUUUGGGGUCCCGUCACUGAGCACCCUGGAGCUGCAUCCACGUCCCCCGCUGCAGCGGGAGCUGACGGUGCCAGGGACACGGCGCUCGGCCAUGCUCUGGGACCUGAGUCCAGGGACCCUGUACACCCUUACGCUGUAUGGGCUGCGCGGGCCUCACAAGGCCGACGGCAUCCAGGGCACAGCCCGGACCCUCAGCCCAGCUCUGGAGCGCCCCCGUGACCUCCAGUUCAGCGAGAUCGGGGAGACGUCAGCCAAGGUCAGCUGGAUGCCCCCGCCGUCCAGAGUGGACAGCUUCAAAGUCUCCUACCAGCUGGCAGAUGGAGGGGAGCCACAGAGUGUCCAGGUGGAUGGCCGAGCCCGGACCCAGAAACUCGAGGGGCUCGUCCCAGGCGCUCGCUACGGCGUGACCGUGGUCUCCGUCCGUGGCUUUGAGGAGAGUGAGCCUCUCACAGGCUUCCUUACCACAGUUCCUGACGGCCCCACCCAGCUGCGUGCACUGAACUUGACGGAAGGAUCCGCCCUGCUGCUCUGGCAGCCCCCCCAGGCCCCGGUGGAUACCUAUGACAUCAAGGUCACAGCCCCAGGAGCCCCCUCGCUACAGGACUCAGCCCCUGGCAACGCCGUGGACUACCCCCUGCAAGGCCUUGUGCUCCACACCAACUACACGGCGACCCUGCAUGGCCUUCGGGGCCCCAACCUCACCUCCCCAGCCAGCAUCACCUUCACCACAGGGUUGGAGGCCCCCCAGGACUUGGAGGCCAAGGAGGUGACCCCCCGCACAGCCCUGCUCACUUGGACCGCACCCCAAGUCCCCCCAACUGGCUACCUGCUCAGCUUCAACACCCCUGGUGGACAGACCCAGGAGAUCCUGCUCCCAGGAGGGGUCACCUCUCAUCAGCUUCACGGCCUCUUUCCCUCCACCCUCUAUAGCGCGUGGCUCCGGGCCAUGUGGGACCGCAGCUUCACUCCCCCCGUGUCCACUUCCUUCACCACUGGUGGACUUCGGAUCCCCUUCCCCCGGGACUGUGGGGAGGAGAUGCAGAACGGGGUCAGCACCUCAAGGACCACCACCAUCUUCCUCAACGGCAACCGCGAGCGGCCCCUGAACGUCUUUUGUGACAUGGAGACCGAUGGGGGUGGCUGGCUGGUGUUCCAGCGCCGCAUGGAUGGAAAAACUGACUUCUGGAGAGACUGGGAGGACUAUGCCCGUGGCUUUGGGAACAUCUCCGAGGAGUUCUGGCUGGGCAACGACGCCCUGCACAGCCUGACCAAAGCCGGCGACUACUCCUUGCGUGUGGACCUGCGGGAUGGGGACGAGGCCGUGUUUGCCCAGUACGACUCCUUCCAAGUAGACUCGGCCGAUGAGUACUACCGCCUCCACCUGGAAGGCUACCACGGCACUGCAGGGGACUCCAUGAGCUACCACAGCGGCAGUGUCUUCUCUGCCCGUGACCGAGACCCCAACAACUUGCUCAUCUCCUGUGCCGUCUCUUACCGAGGGGCCUGGUGGUAUAAGAACUGCCACUAUGCCAACCUCAACGGGCUCUACGGGAGCACAGUGGACCACCAGGGAGUGAGCUGGUACUACUGGAAGGGCUUUGACUUCUCCGUGCCCUUCACGGAAAUGAAGCUGAGACCAAGAAGCUACCGGCCCCCGGGCAGGGGAGGCUGAGCCGCUGCUCACCCCUCCAGCGCCCUACUAUGACUGCCGAGCACUGAGGGGUUGCGCUCAGAGAAGAGCCGAGGGCCACCUUCACCAUCCAAACACCGGAGGAAGCCUUCUCCACCCGCGAUCUCACAGCACCAUGUUUACAGGGGGGAGGGAAGGGGUUUGUACGGGAGCAAUAAAAGGAGAAACCGAGG